CUUGACACUAAGGCUAGUAGGAUUAAAUUUGGAUUUAGAAUGAUAUUGAAUUGAAAUAUUUGCAUGUGAAGUUUCCAGAUCAAGAAACAUGAUAUUUGGGCAAGAAAGGGAAAGAAGAAGCCGCUACAAUAGGCCGUUUGAACCAUGGAGCACGGUCCCAAUGCCCCCUUCGAUGGAAGAAAUCACAGGACUCCCGGAAUCUUCCGUUCUGGGACAGUAUUUCAAAACUCCACGUCCCAGACAAUGGAAACCCGCUCUAGGAUACAAAAUUACAGACUCCAUACUGCCUGGUCAAGUUCCCGCAAGCACAAUUAUGGAUCCCUGUUACACACCGUACGGAAUGGCCACGGAACCAUUGAAAUUUCCUAAUUUAGUAACGGGGUUCGAACGGAACCCGGCACACGCUGCCCGAGCCGCUCUGUAUACACGCUACACUCCAAUGGAGUGGACAAAAUCAAACCUGGAACGCUACGAGGAGGCCGACACUAAUAAAAACUACUCGGAAAGAUUGAGGGACGAAUUUAACAAAGUUAUGAGAGAAACCGACGAAAAGACGGCUCAAGGACAAAGAGAAUCCGGAAGAAGAUUAGGCGAACGGGUUACGGACAUCACAUUUUGGAGAAAUGAGGUUAGAACAGAGUUAGAACGACUGCUAACUGAAACAAGCUUGCUAUCCGAUACAAGACUCGCCACGAAAAAGGCUAUGGAUGACAUCGAAGGCCCCCUUCACGUGGCCCAAGAGUGUUUGUACCAUAGAGAAAAAAGGGAAGGGAUCGACCUGGUGCACGACAACGUGGAACAUGCGCUUCUAAAAGAAGUAAACGCAUACAGAAACGCUAAAGAAAGACUUAAGAACACAUUUAAUAAAAUACAGGAUCAAUUAAGGAAUAACCGAGCUUCGCAACACGAGUUAGAAACCGACGUCCGAAGCAAGGAAUCCGCUUUGGGCAUCGACGGUAUGUGUCACCAGCUAAACAAUUACUCGAAAGGCAUAAAUUACUACAAAGGAAUCGAGAGAUACGAUAACACAAUAUGUAUCCCCGAAGCUUGGGCCGAAAACAGCAAUAGGAUCGCUCAGAGGUCCAUGAGCGAAAGAGGGAAGUCGGCGCAGCUAAGAUCGGACGCAGAACACUUAAUAAACGCAGUGGCUCAAGAAGUUUGGGACUCGUGGAGUAAUACGAACAACGCUCUCGCACGCAGAGCUUCCGAGACGUUGGACACCAAGAGCAGGCUACAAAUGCACUUACAUAAGGUCCAACAAGAAAUAUUCGACCUAGAAAGACACAUCGAAUUCCUGAAGAGGGCCAUAAUGGACAAGAGCAAUCCCAUGAAAGUAGCUCAUACGAGGUUAGAAGCGAGGUCGCAUCGGAGGGAUAUCGAGCUCUGCCGGGAUAACGCCCAAAUCAAACUGGUUUCCGAGGUUCAGGACAUUCAAGACUCCAUCGAAACGUUGCACAGAAAACUACGGGAAGCGGAAGCGCAACAUCAGAGGUUGCUCAAAACUCGGGCAAACCUCGAAUCCGAACUGCACAACAAAGUUAACUCUCUGUUCAUCGAUCGAGAGAAGUGUAUGGGGAUGAGACGGUCCUUCCCGAUAACGGCAACAGUUAAAUAUUGA